AUGACAAUCAACAAAACUUUGAAUGGGUCUUAUGAAGAGGUGAGAAAAAAAAGCAUUUUAUUAGGAAUUAACGCAAAAAUUUCAGAUGGUGACAAAGAAAACCACAGAAGCCUUGAAGAUGAUUACUAUCAUCGAAUCAGAGGUAAAAAAAUAUCUUUCAAGUUGAUUUAUAUAGUUUUUUCAAAUUUUUUAAAAGCAAAAAGGGAAAAUGCGUCUCAGAAUUUUCCGAAAUAAUUAUUCAGUUGGAACGCAUCAAGCGAUUCGCAAGGGGAAUCGAGAGUGAAACCGCGCAACUGACGGUUAAGAAGUCGCUCCUGGUGCAGGGAUCUCAGCGACAAGAAAAAUCGUAA